AUGUUGGACGAUUUACUAUCUAGCAGUUAUGGACGGUAUAAGCACGACACUAACGUGUUUGUGACAUGGCUUGGUCGCACAGCUCAGGCUUGCGGCUACAAACCCAAUGCACACGACAGUCGUGACGCCACAUCCGUCAAAUACUCUGUCUCGACAAAGGAGUUAGGUGCUCAGAUUGAUGCCAUAUCACGGUCCAGCGUCAAGAUCCCGAUGCCGGAUACCAUCAAGAUUUACCUCACACUAGCCAUUGAAGCACGCCAACGAUGCUCAGACUGGUAUGAGAGCACUUCCCCUCAAUAUGUCGCCGAAGCGUAUGACCAAGACGGACAUCGAUUCUUCAUCAAAGUCCUGCAGGAUGCCCUCACCAGAUUGGGGGGUGGAGAUACUAGAGAUACAGCAGAUAAGCCUACUAUCAAGAAUUGCUCCGGCAAAUAUAAGAACAUCACGCAAACAAGUAAUCGGUUCUCUCAUCUGAGUGUAGAUGAUGUGGACGAUUCAUCUCAAUUUUCUCAAAUUGAUGCUGCUCGAGAUUCUAGCAAGAAAAAGUCAGACCCUAAGCCAAUUGACGCAUUUGAACUGGAAAGAGGGAAUUUAUUAGAGAAAGCAUUUGCGUUAUUCUGCUUCUUCGAAGACAUGAACCGUAUCCACAAGAAGCUUAAAGAGACAUGGAAGCAAUGCGCUUCUGGUAGCGUCGAUCUACUUACAGCGACGGUCGUGACGAAUGCGUCAGUUUGCACCAUUCGCAAGGCAGAGAAAGAAUUGUGUUCGACUUUUUUUCCCCAUAUAUCCGACGAUGACUGCUACGCAGAAUUAGCAGGCAUGAUGAUUAUGAUGCAUAACAUCACCAAGGGAAUAGAUCCGAUGACAGGCCCCGGAGUGGAUGUAACACCUUCUGACGGAUUUAUCUUCCUACCAACUGCUCGCAUCAUGCUCAAAUUCAUUCUUCUGGCAGAUAAUACCAAGACCUGGCCGCCUCCCAUUGUACCCCUCAAAUACAAUUACGUCAAUAACGAACACAAGAUAGACAUGCCAGAGCAUAAAAAGUUACAACACGACGACCAGAUGUUAACCCAAUUACUGAUGGAUCUAGAAUUACCAGACAAGAUUGUGGAGAUUACGAGUCUACCAAACCUGCCAUCACGGUUCACCACCGACUAUUUCCGUGAGCUUGCGCCUUUAGUGAGCGAUGUAUGCCUAACAACAUUGAGACCGGUCUGGACGGAGAAGAAAUUAAGCGUGGCAGCUGUCCUCAUUGCACAGACUCUACUGGACAUUUUCGACACAUGCGACGACUUAUCUAAGUUUCGGAAGCAAGUUAGAUGUACAAAUGCAUAUACCUGCGACUCAUUGAAUCUUAAAAAACUUCCGGACGGCUUUAUAAUAACGGUUGGUAAUCUGAGCUGGCCCCCAUCGAUUGAUGAAGCAUUAUACACUAUAUACAAGAUGCAACAGCACGUCGAGAUCCUAGGUCUAGCAACUAUAAAGCAUCUCAUAUCGCAGAUAAGCGAGGUUCCCAGGUUCCACACCCGGACAUCCGUACCAGACGAGUUCAAGUGGAUACUAGAGCAAAACCCAGACCUAAAGAAAGACGCGGCUUAUGAUAGCAUGAAGAUAAACUUCAUUAGGCCUGCUAAAGACGAUAACUUCGCGAUCAUUCAUAACCCAUCGCAGUCAGGAAGCUUUCUCCUGAAGCUAUUGAUAUCAUACCAAGAAGUCGGUCUAGGCCUAGCCAAUUGGCACAUGAGUAUCUUCGGUGUUGCGCACAUCUACAACGCGCUGAGACAACUCAAGAUGCUGGAUAUAGAGUGGCCGGUGAUGGAACGUAUAAUCGAGUUGCACAAGGGGGCACUGUUCGCGGAUGCGAUUCCAACGACCACGAAGGACAUGAAUGAUCGUAUUAAUUAUAGGCUCAAUCAGCCGAGAAAACGCAAAGACGCGUGGAAGUUCCAGGAACCUCACCAGACCAACAUGCUUAGAUCGAUGUUGGAUUCAGAUCGAUCUAUUGAUCAUAUCUUGUGGGAUAUAGAACAACAGACGGAACCGAAGAUAGACAAGCAAGGAUCAAGCCAGCGCCAGCGCCAGAAGCAGAAACUCUACCCUGAAGAUUUCAUCGACAAGGUACAAGAGGUAACAUCGAAAACCUUGAACGACAUGGCGAUAGACUAUGUCCGCCUCACAAAGCACUGCAGGCGACUACUUGAAGAUUUCCAGAGAAUGUGGGCUAUUCAGAUCCACGUAAAACCCCCGGCGAUUAGGAUCAAGCUUUCGGGGUCUCACGAAAAAAAGUUCGCCAGGUCCCAUCCGCACAUUCUUACUUGUCUCAACGCUUUGGAGGAGGCUAAGAGAGUUCGAGAUUUGGGUCAGUAUAGCUACGACCCAGGCGACGGCGACGUCAAGGGCAAGAAGGGGUUUAUCAAAGACACUAAGGAUCCCGACCGACACGGCGUGGGAUUACUAGUUGCGAGCAAGGUCUUCAGGAUGUCCUUACUCAAAGAAAAAAACGACUUCCGCUUCCCUCUAACGAUGGAGGAUAUCAGCGACUUCGUGGAGCCCGAAGAGCCGCACAAAAAUGCGCCGGACGUCUUAUAUCAACUCCACCACAUGGAAACCGCCGAGGAAUUACGUAAAUUGUUUUCGAGCACGACAUACGUGAUCGUCAACUUCUUCGCGGACUUCGAUAAGACGCACUCCGAACUGGCACCGAAGUUAGUAGACAUAUCAUACCAGAAAAGCAUUCCCGGAAUCCUAGCUUUCGCGCGCCUAAACAAGGCCGACGUUCCGGAGCUGGUGAAGGAGUACUGUAACGGCGACAUGAGAUGGCAGACGUUUGCCUUCUUCAAGGAUGGGAAGCAAGUUAAGGUGAACGGAAAUAGCACUGUGCUAGGAUCAGAAGAGAAGGUCUUAUACGAGGCGAUCAUGAAGUUGAGAGGACUGGCGAAGGCCAAGAUGAUUGAGCAGGGCAGGAAGGAUGAGAAUCCGUUCCCGGAGCGCCUUAGGGAGUUUUAUUCCACCCGUGGCCGGAUGUUAAUUCCCCCAGAAUUAACUUCAGCCUGUAGAUUCUAGGCGCAUCCGACUAUAUGAUGCUGAAUAGUUGACUUCGUGAUCCGGACGUUAAUUUCUUUUUAUCGCAUGUGACUAUGUAUGUCUGAAAGAAUAGGGGCAGUAAAAGGGGUUUAUGAACCAGGGUUAGGUAAGCAGAAACCCCGCGCCCAUGCCCAGUGCGUGAUUAGAUAAGCAAUUUCUCCGUGCUG